UCUGAUAUUUACAGUUCAACUUCACCAGUUGACGGUGUAGUGCAGUCGAUGCCGCGUGAAGGUUUGAUUCCGUAUAAUAGUACAACAAAUGCUAAUUCAACUGCUUAUGGACCAAAAUUUUCAUCACAGAGUGAGGUAAUCGUUGAUUCAACUUCACCAGUUGACGGUGUAGUGCAGUCGAUGCCGCGUGAAGGUUUGAUUUUGUAUAAUAGUACAACAAAUGCUAAUGCAACUCCGUAUGGACCAAAAUUUUCAUCACAGAGUGAGGUAAUCGUUGAGUGUGGGCGAGGCUUAUUCGAAAUGGGUCGUGUGCUCUCCGGAAAAUCAGCCGCUUCGGUGGUGUCAGAGGGGAGUGUGGGAUCUUUCUCGAACGAAUCCGCCACCACACAGUUGGAUUAUUUACGACUGAAAAGUGAGCAUCGAAAGCUGCAAAAUCAUUUGGAGAUAUGUUUUCGACGUUCUCAAUAA